ACUUUUAUGGAAACUGCAACCAGCAGCCAGUCGAGUUGGUUCACCGAGUGGUCGUAUCACGGAUUGUCCUGCGUGUCACUUGUUCUGGUUUAUAUCUACCCAAAGGAUUAAAAAAAUAAUAGGCCUAAAUCCAAACCAGGAGGACGACUGCACGCUAAAAAGGUAACAUUUUAACAGAGCCUGUUUGACAACUUGUCAUUGUGGUGCAAGCAUGACUGAGGUGGCGCAGGCUGCGGCUGUAGUUGCACGCGAUAUGGAUGAUGUCACAAAUGAAGACGAACACAACAUGAGCGAUGCAGAAACCAAAGAAGAUGAUGUGGCAGUUAGUGAAGAUGAAAGCGAGAAGACGUCACACGUGGAUGACAAAGCGAGUAGUGAGACUGACAAGACGCACAUGAACGGAGUGAAACACAAAGAAGAAGUUAACGGUGUAGCACAGGACACAGAGAAACAGGAGGAUGAGCAACCUGGCACAAAUGAAGAUCAGAAUAUUUCUGAUGUGACACUUAAGAAAGAGAAACUCCUCCGAUCCAGAAAGCCAGUGACCAGAAGCUACGUGCCAAAGCUGAACAAAGACAAGGGGGAUGUGUCAGGCAAGUUUGAGGCCAUGCAGAAGGCCAGGGAGGAGCGCAGCAGGCAGAGGCACAACGAGGAGCAGCAGAAGAGAAAGCAACAAUAUAUCAAGGAGAGAGAGUGGAGUCGCAGGAAGCAGCAGAUAAAAGAACUACUCGCUUCCAGUGAUGAGGAAGAAGAGCUGAAGCCAGCAAAGGUAGAAAAAUCCUACGUCCCCAAAAUUACAGGUAGCGUUAAGGGGAAGUUUGCAGAAAUGGAAAAACAAAGACAAGAGGAAGAAAGGAAGAGGAUGGAAGCAGAGAGGAAGAGGAGGGAAGCUCAGGACAACAUGGAAAAGGCCAAAAUAAAGAAGGAACUGGCCAAGAAAGCAGCUGAGGAAGGAGAUGACACAAUCCUGGUGCGGGUCGUUCCAGCAAAGUCAUCACGACCUCCGGGCAGGAUCAAGGUGAACUUUGAAGACAUGGAAAAGAAUCGAGAGGAGGAACUACAGAAGAAGGCAGAGGAAGAGAAGAUGAGACGCUAUGAUGAAAACAAACGCUCCUUCAGGGAUGCUAAGCGGCUCUCAGUUGUUCAACAGGAUGAAGAAGAGAAGCCUUCGGAGAAGGCUCUAGUGACACCUGGAAAGCUGAAGCUGACAUUUGAGGAGCUGGAGAAAGAAAGACAGGAGCAGAGAAAGAAGCAGGCUGAAGAGGAAGCCAAACGCCGCCUGAUAGAGGAGAAGAAAGCUUUUGAGGAGGCCAGGCUGGGAAUGGGAGAAGACAAGGAGGAUACUCAGGCAGCUCAGGAAGACAAGGAGGAGUAUCGACCUGGAAAACUGCGGUUGAGCUUUGAAGAGGUGGAAAGGCAAAGGGUGGAAGAAGAGCGCAAGAAAGCAGAAGAGGAGGCCAAGAAACGAAUGGUGGAGGAGAGAAGAGCUUUUGCUGAAGCCAGGAAGAGCAUGCUUGUAGAUGAGGACGAUGAGGUGCUAAUGGCCUUAUUGAACCUGGAGGGCAGUAAGCCCGGGAAGAUAUGCGCCAGUUUUGAGGAGUUGGAACGGCAGAGAAGAGAGGAAGAGCAGAAGAAGGCAGAGGAAGAGGCCAAGAAGAGACUGGAAGAGGAAAAGAGGCUCUUUGUUGAGGCCCGCAAGAACAUGAGCCCUGGCCUGGAUCAGGAAAGGUCUGCAUAUGGAGAUGAAACAGCACUAGAUGAGGAAGAAGGGAUGGUGAAGAGUGAAUCUCAAGAAGCACUGCACCCUAGAAAACUGGAGAUCAACUUUGAAGAGCUACUGAAAGAGAAGGAGCAGGCUGAGAGGAGACGCAAGGCAGAGGAACGCAAAAAGAAAAUGGAACAGGAGAAGCAGGAAUUUGAGCAACUCAGACAAGAGAUGGGCGAGGAUGAAGUGAACGAAAGCUCAGAUGUUGUGAGCAAUGAGUAUGAAGAACUGACCAAGCUCAAGAGGACUGGCUCCAUCCAGGCCAAAGACCUCAAGUCCAAAUUUGAGAAGAUCAAGCAGCUGACUGAAGAUGAAAUUCAGAAAAAGAUUGAGAUGGAGAGAGCAAGGAGGAAGGCCAUUGAUGAUGAAAUUAAAGAGAGAGAAGCUGAGCGGUUCCAGGAGGAGGAUGAUGAAAGAGAAACGACUCCAGUGAGGCCAGAGGAGUCACCUUUCAAACAGAAGGUGGACAUGCGAGCCAGAUUUCAACAAAUGGCCAAAGCCAGAGAGGAGGAGGAGAGGAGGAGAAUAGAGGAGCAGAAGCUGCAGAGAAUGCAGUUUGAGCAGCAAGAGAUUGAUGCUGCCCUCCAAAAAAAGAAGGAGGAUGAUGUGGAGGACGAGGGUAGCAUCAUCAAUGGCUCUGCAGCUUAUGAAGAUGAGGAAGAGCAUGCCAGGUCAGGCGCCCCGUGGUUUAAAAAGCCCCUUAAAAAUCAAUCAGUGGUGGACUCUGAGCCAGUUCGGUUCACCGUUAAGAUCACCGGGGAGCCCAAGCCGGAGGUGACGUGGUGGUUUGAAGGAGAGAUGCUCCAGGACUGUGAAGACUAUCAGUAUAUAGAGAGAGGAGAGACGUACUGCCUCUACCUGCCAGAGACCUUCCCAGAGGACGAGGGAGAGUACAUGUGCAAGGCUGUGAACAGCAGAGGCACUGCAGCAAGUACCUGCAUCCUCACAAUAGAAACUUAUGACUACUGAUACCCUUCCAUGUUCAAGAAACUUUCCCUGUUGUCUCUCACUCCUUUUGUAAAACUUCGUCCCUCAUGGUAUGGUCAAACAACAGAGGGAAGAAAAUAGCAGUAUGCUUGGCAUUCCUAAGGGAGGGAUACACAACAUACACACACACACACACACACACACACACACACACACACACACACACACACACACA